CACCUGUUCAGGCCCCGCUGGAGGCAGUGACCAGCUGGGAAGUGGUCUGAGCAGGUGGAGGGGAACCAGGGGCCGCUGUAGGCAGGUGGAGACAGAGCCCAGGGGUGACCUCGGACAUGGCCAGGCACAUGUUCCUGCGCCCUCUGUGCACACAAGUCACUGUGGGGCGGCCAGGCCCUCACCAGAGGCGGGGGACAGCAAGGGGCAGGGGGGCUUGUCUGGGCCACCAGACCUGGCUCCCACCGCCGGGCCACCCCCACGCCCUCCCCGAGGAUGGUGCAGGGCAAAAGCAAACAGGGGCUACCACCCUGCCAGGCAUUCCUAGAAGAGGCUGGGGGCGGGGCAGUGGCGAGACACCAGUGCCCCGGGGUCACGGGAGAGGCAGGGACAGGCCUGGCCCUGGACAGCACCCUUGGCCUGGAUCCCAAAUAGCCGCUUCCACCCAGGCUUUAGGGAACCCCCGGGAGGAGGUGGACAGCUAGGCAGGGCAUGGGGAAGGGGUGGCAGCCCCUGAGCCCCAUGUAGCUGUCUGUUCAGGCCAGGGGUGGGGUCAGGACCCCAGGAGCUGCCUGGGGGGCCCCUGUCCACAACAGGAGCUGGUAAAGCCCUGGGCUCCCCAAAGCAGCCCGAGCCCCAGCCCCUCCCAGGCUGCUCCAAGGGGCCUCCACUCCUUCCCCGCUGCUCAGCCUUCCCCAGUCAGCCCUGCAGGGGGCCCGGGUACUGGCCAUCAGCCCCCAGAGCCCCACCACAGCCCACCACGGGCCCCGACGGAAGCUCCCUCACCCACUGCACUGUCUGUACCCCAGGGCUUGGGGCAGAUGCCAGGUGCCCGGCAGGAGGGGGUUAACAGAGUUGGGGCCAGCUGGGCUGGGCCAGCCAGGUGACAGGCGCAGGCUGCCCCACAGUGGGGAAAUCCAGAGGGCAGGGUUGGCCGGCGCCGCAGACGCACCCUCCGUCGCUGCUACCUGUGGCCUGCCCUGCACUCGGGAUGGCCCUGAGGAAAGGUGAGCCCCCCAGUGUCCCCAACACCUGCCCUGGGGGUGGCCAGACCAUGACCUGAGUCCACUGGGAGGGGCCGGGUGUGGUCCCCAGGGAAGCUCUGCAGAGCUCAGCUCUGGGGGUCUUGGGGGGACUCCGGGGAGCCCAGGGGGAAUGUGGCUGCUGGGGUUGGGAAGGGGACACAGCUGUGCCUGGCACCAGAGGGUCUCCAUCCUGUUCUCAAUCCUAAGGGUGCUGGCAGCGGUGCAGGGAGGAGUGCCAGGCAUAGGCUGGGCAAACAGGAGCCUUUAGCUCCCAGAAUGGCGGGCACAGUAAUGGGGGAGGUGCCCCUCACACCCUGCAUUGUGGGCCUGACCCAGGCAGGAGAUGGUGGCUUCUACCCCACUGUCUUUGUGGGGUGCUCCCUUGCGGCUUCUGCCACCCCUAAGCCUGAGCUGAGCUCUAGGGCUGUCUCAGGCGACCCCCAAAUGAUCGUGACAGAAGGGCAUUUGGGGGGCUCCACCUGACUGCACCCACCACCAUCACAGCGAUCCCACACUCUGAGGACAGGGUCAGGCCAUGCCGUAGAGGUUCUGGGUCACUGCUGUUUGGGAGGUUGCUGGCCCUGGCCGGGUCUGCGGGGCCUGUGGCACCUUGUCCUGAGAGGCAAUGUGACCUGUGGGAGCCGAGGCCUGAGUUCCUACCUGCCCACCAACACCGCUGCCCAGGUCUUCUACACAGCACUGGGCUGAGGCCUGGAUGCAGGAAGAUGAGACCCCGCUGAGGGGGCCUAACUCGGGCAGAAGGUGCCUAGCCCCCUGUUCCGCCUCUGAGAGCAGCGAGUGAGUGCCCACCCAGACCGACUUGAAAAUAUUCUGAAAAUGGCCGGACCUGGGCUCAGCUCCCUCCCCUUCCUCCAGGCCAACGUGCAGUUGCCACAUGGUCAGAAAGGCCCAAGCCCCAGCCUGGCUGAGCCCACGUGGCCUGCGUAGAGAUGCAGAGCCAAGCCCUAGGUAUCUGUGCAGCCGGGCGGGGCGGCCACUCCACCAUCCCCUGGGGUGGGAAGCUUCUGAGCUGGAGGACCCGGGGGGCUCACCGGCUUCUUCGCGUCUCGGGGGUGAGCUGGGGUCUGCGUUUGCACCCGAGCGCCGCUUUCAGCUGUGCUGGCAUCAGCCUCAGGACAGAGCCCACCUUGGGCUGCCUCCCCAAGCUUCUCCCCCCGCAGGAGACCCGGCCCUGGCGCUGCUGCUGUUGUCCUGGGUGGUACUGGGCCCCCGCAGCCUGGAGGGAGCAGAGCCCGGAACACCGGGGGACCCUGAGGGCCCAGCGUGCCCAGCCGCCUGUGUCUGCAGCUAUGACGGCGAUGCGGAGGAGCUGAGCGUCUUCUGCAGCUCCAGGAACCUCACACGCCUGCCGGAUGGCAUCCCGGGCGGCACCCAGGCCCUGUGGCUGGACGGGAACAACCUGUCAUCCAUCCCCCCGGCGGCCUUCCAGAACCUCUCUAGCCUGGGCUUCCUCAACCUGCAGGGUGGCCUGCUGGGCAGCCUGGAGCCGCAGGCGCUGCUGGGCCUGGAGAACCUGUGCCACCUGCACCUGGAGCGGAACCAGCUGCGCAGCCUGGCUGUGGGCACGUUUGCGCACACGCCCGCGCUGGCCACGCUCGGCCUCAGCAACAACCGCCUGAGCCGGCUGGAGGACGGGCUCUUUGAGGGCCUCGGCAGCCUCUGGGACCUCAACCUCGGCUGGAACGGCCUGGCCGUGCUCCCCGACACGGUGUUCCAUGGCCUGGGCGGCCUGCGCGAGCUGGUGCUGGCGGGCAACAGGCUGGCCUACCUGCAGCCUGCGCUCUUCAGCGGCCUGGCCGAGCUCCGGGAGCUGGACCUGAGCAGGAACGCGCUGCGGGCCAUCAAGGCCAACGUGUUCGCGCAGCUGCCCCGGCUCCAGAAGCUCUACCUGGACCGCAACCUCAUCGCCGCCGUGGCCCCCGGCGCCUUCCUGGGCCUGAAGGCGCUGCGCUGGCUGGACCUGUCCCACAACCGCGUGGCCGGGCUCCUGGAGGACACGUUCCCCGGCCUGCUGGGCCUGCGCGUGCUGCGGCUGUCCCACAACGCCAUCGCCGGCCUGCGGCCCCGCACGUUCAGGGACCUGCACUUCCUGGAGGAGCUGCAGCUGGGCUACAACCGCAUCCGCCAGCUGGCCGAGCGCAGCUUCGAGGGCCUGGGCCAGCUCGAGGUGCUCACGCUGGACCACAACCAGCUGCAGGAGCUCAAGGCGGGCGCCUUCCUCGGCCUCGCCAACGUGGCGGUCAUGAAACUCUCCGGAAACUGUCUCCGGAACCUUCCCGAGCAGGUGUUCCGGGGCCUGGGCAAGCUGCACAGCCUGCACCUGGAGGGCAGCUGCCUGGGCCGCAUCCGCCCGCACACGUUCGCCGGCCUCUCGGGGCUGCGCCGGCUCUUCCUCAAGGACAACGGCCUCGAGGGCAUCGAGGAGCAGAGCCUGUGGGGGCUGGCGGAGCUGCAGGAGCUGGACCUCACUGCCAACCGGCUCACGCAUUUGCCCCCGCGGCUCUUCCAGGGCCUGGGCAAGCUGGAGUACCUGCUGCUGUCCCACAACCGCCUGGUGGAGCUGCCGGCGGACGCCCUGGGCCCCCUGCAGCGGGUCUUCUGGCUGGACGUCUCGCACAACCGCCUGGAGGCACUGCCCGACGGCCUCCUGGCGCCACUGGGGCAGCUGCGCUACCUCAGCCUCAGGAACAAUUCCCUGCGGACCUUCACGCCGCAGCCCCCUGGCCUGGAGCUCCUGUGGCUGCAGGGGAACCCCUGGGACUGCCACUGCCCUCUUAAGGCGCUACGGGACUUCGCCCUGCAGAACCCCCGCGUGGUGCCCCGCUUCGUCCGGGCCGUCUGUGAGGGAGACGACUGCCAGCCCCCCACAUACAACUACAACAACAUCACCUGCGCCAGCCCGCCCAAGGUUGCCGGCCUCGACCUGCGGGAUCUCAGCGAGGCCCACUUCACACCCUGCUGACCGGGGCCCCUCGCGUGGCUUACCCUGUGCAGGGGACAGGUCCUCUGUGUCCUCGGGGCCUGGCAGAUAUCCGGCCCCGUGCUGUGCCCUUGCUGAAAGACAGAAGGGCCUGACUGGGGUGGGAGGCGCGGCAGCCUUCCCCCGGUGUCAUCAAUUAAAGGCAAACACAGUUGAA